CAUGGCGGCGCCGGGCCGACCGUUGAGGAGCAGAGUGUGAGUGGCUGCGACGUUGCGUUGGGCCUCAGGAGAACAGUGUGUGAGUGUGUGUCGAGCAUCCUGCGUGGCCGUUGCCAGAAAGCAGCCUCCUGGAGAGCAGCAGAGCAGCAGGCUGUCUGCGCUAUGGCCACUGAGCUGCAUUUCUCGCCCCCUGAGAUCCCUGAGCCCACGCUGAUGGAGAACGUGCUGCGCUCCGGCCUCUUGUUUGGAGCCGUUCUCCAGCUUGUGUGCGUGUGGGCCAUAACCCUGCCAGUUCCCAAGUGCCCAGAGACAACCGUCGAGGAGCAGAGUGUGAGUGGCUGCGCCGUUGCGUUGGGCCUCAGGAGAACAGUGUGUGCCUGUGUCUCGAGCAUCGUGCGUGGCCGUUGCCAGAAAGCAGCCUCCUGGAGAGCAGCAGAGCAGCAGGCUGUCUGCGCUAUGGCCGCUGAGCUGCAUUUCUCGCCCCCUGAGAUCCCUGAGCCCACGCUGAUGGAGAACGUGCUGCGCUCUGGCCUCUUGUUUGGAGCUGUUUUCCAGCUUGUGUGCGUGUGGGCCAUAACCCUGCCAGUUCCCAAGUGCCCAGAGACAACCGUCGAGGAGCAGAGUGUGAGUGGCUGCGCCGUUGCGUUGGGCCUCAGGAGAACAGUGUGUGACUGUGUCUCGAGCAUCCUGCGUGGCCGUUGCCAGAAAGCAGCCUCCUGGAGAGCAGCAGAGCAGCAGGCUGUCUGCGCUAUGGCCGCUGAGCUGCAUUUCUCGCCCCCUGAGGUUCCUGAGCCCACGCUGAUGGAGAACGUGCUGCGCUCCGGCCUCUUCUUUGGAGCCGUUUUCCAGCUUGUGUGCGUGUGGGCCAUAACCUUGCCGGUUCCCAAGUGCCCAGAGACAGUAAGUAGCGCUCUGUUUGAUAGAGGUUGAUAGAAAUGCUGAGGAAAUGGGCUGGGAGGGAACCAGCUGGAGCCGUUGCCUACGGUAGUGCGCCGCGGCAUUGCUGAGAGUGCGGCAGUUUGUUCUGUGCUUCCUUGGGCGUGCGUGCUGUUCCUGGUGGCACGCAA